AUGGCGAUUUACCCCAGUAAGAAGCAAACUACCUGUGUAACCCACAGCUUACAGGACCUCCAGCAACCAGCUGUGUCAUCCAAGGUGUUCAUCCAAAGAGACUACAGCUCAGGCACCAUAUGCAAGUUCCAGACCAAGUUCCCUUCAGAGCUUGAGUCAAGGAUCGAUGAGCAGCAGUUUGAGGAGACCAUUCAGACGCUAAACAACCUGUAUGCAGAAGCAGAAAAACUCGGGGGGAAGUCCUACCUGGAGGGCUGUCUGGCUAGCCUAACGGCCUACACCAUCUUCCUCUGCAUGGAAACACAUUAUGAAAAGGUGUUAAAGAAGAUUGCCAGAUACAUUAAGUGACUGUUAAAAAGCUAAAAAUGGUGUCAAAGUUAUAGGGGACAAAAGGGUUUUAAACCUGAUUUUGUCAUAAGGUCAAACUGUCUUCUUACCACAUCUGCUCCUCACUCCUGGUGUUCAGUGGCUCAUCAAGCCAACCCGUAACUGUCCCUGAGACAGUUCAAUAAAGGUUUUUGUCUGUGAAGGUUCUCAGUUCACAAGCUCCUUUGAAUAAAGGUUUUUAUGUUUCUGUGUUAGAUUCAUGUAUAUUUUAGUUCAUAUAUUUCUUGAAAAGGGUUAAAAAUGUAUUGAAUAAGAUAAUAAAAAAAUGUAGCAUUUAUUAAAAACUUGCCUAAAAUAUGUAAUUAAAAGAAAUAAGAUUUUGCUAAAAGUGGCAUAAAAUAUAAAGUGCUGUUCGAGGUAGAUUUUGAUGGUCACAUGCACCAGAAUUUAUCUGAGAGCACAACCAUGGCAUUGUGUGUCAGAACUAGACUAUACAGAGCUACAGCUACAGCUGAAAGUAAUGUUACUCUGCAUGUGGUCCAAGAGGCACACACAGCUGCACAUACAUGCUUUGCAUUGGCAAUUAAAGAAGAUUUUCAGUAAUAUCCUUUAUUUUUGCAUUUUUGUGUUCAGUGUUGUAUAUGGCUGGGAUUCCUGUUUGUGUUCAAUAACACAAUAAUGAUGUGUUCCAGGUUUCUGUGUUAGCCAAUAAGUCACUUCCAGUGUUUAUCUGUGUUUUUAUGGCUAAUGUAUUUGCUUGUAUUGGUAAAUAGCCUGCAGUCAAUAUGAGUUAUGAAGGGGUUACAUUUAAAAUACUUGCAGAACAAGUCGUUCCAUUUAUCUUUAUAACUGUGUUACUUUACACACUCUGUCCUCUACAUUAUAAUCAACCCAGUCCUUGCUGCCAAUAACCAAACACAUGUUUAUCCAAACACAUGUUUGGUUAUUACAGUGUGUUGAAAUUAUUUGUUUGCUUUUCUUUAAGGAACUAAAUCUGCAUGGGAUGUACUGUCAGUCAAUAAUAUCAUUUUAUACAUUUUGAACCUGAAAUAAAUAAAUAAACGAAAAUCUGUGCAUAAGAACCAUA